CCUCCACCGGCUCGCAUCCUCAGCACCGACAGCAUCUCCCUGCCGGCGGUCACCGCUGCAGGCACGCAGCGCCCUUUAGAUGCGCCAAGGCGUCGUAUUUCCACGGUAGAGAGUCUCCGCUUCUCUCGUUACCCUCACAAACCGCUUCCUCCUGAAAUAAGGACUAACCGAGGGAAGACCCUGCUGGAAUAAACGCGGAGCCUCAGUCUCCUCCAUUGAUAAACCGCUCUCCUCAUCGAUUCAGCCCAACGACGUCUUGGUAUAAGAGGACAAACCCGACCCACAGAACUGACACUGAGGCUGAAGGGUGUUGGGCGCAAUGGCUAAUGCCUCCCCAGACCUGGACAACGCGGAAGCCCAGCGCCAGCUCAACAACAACAACCGUCCAAUCGGCUCUGGGUUCUGGGAGACGGAGUGUACCAGCUCCAAGCUGUUCGAGUGCUCCCGCAUCAAGGCCCUGGCAGAUGAACGAGAUGCGGUGCAGAAGAAGACUUUUACCAAGUGGGUCAACUCCCAUCUGUCCAGAGUGUCCUGUCGCAUAUCCGACCUCUACAACGACCUGAGGGAUGGAUACAUGCUCACCAGACUGCUGGAGGUCCUCAGUGGAGAGCUGCUGCCGAGGCCUACACGGGGUCGAAUGCGGAUCCACUGCCUGGAGAACGUUGACAAGGCCCUCCAGUUCCUUAAAGAACAGAGGGUUCACCUGGAAAAUGUUGGUUCCCAUGACAUUGUGGAUGGAAAUCACCGCCUCACGCUGGGCCUUAUGUGGACCAUCAUCCUACGCUUCCAGAUCCAGGUGAUCAAAAUAGAGACAGAGGACAACAGAGAAACCCGUUCUGCCAAGGAUGCCCUGCUGCUCUGGUGCCAGAUGAAGACCGCAGGGUACUCUGAGGUCAACAUCCAGAAUUUUACCACCUGCUGGAGAGACGGCCUCGCCUUCAACGCCCUCAUACACAGACACAGACCUGACCUAAUAGAGUUCCACAAGUUGACGCGGUCCAAUGCAACCCACAACCUCCAGCAAGCCUUCAACAUCGCUGAGCAGCACCUGGGCCUGACCAAACUCCUUGACCCUGAAGAUGUGAACACAGAGAACCCAGACGAAAAGUCCAUCAUCACCUAUGUGGUCUCCUACUACCACUACUUCUCCAAGAUGAAGGCUCUUAUUGUGGAGGGCAAGAGGGUUGGAAAGGUACUGGACAAUUGUAUUGAGGCAGAGAAGAUCAUCAACCGCUAUGAGGCUCUGGCGUCAGACUUGUUGGACUGGAUAGAAAAGACCAUCGCGGUCAUCAGUAACCAGAAGUUUGCCAACUCGUUGACCGGAGUUCAGCAGCAGCUACAGGCCUUCACAACCUACUGCACCAUAGAGAAGCCCAUCAAGUUUCAGGAGAAGGGGAAUCUUGAGGUCCUUCUCUUCACAAUCCAAAGCAAACUCAGAGCCAACAACCAGAAACCCUAUGUGCCUCAUGAUGGGAAGCUCAUCUCAGACAUCAACAAGGCCUGGGAGAGGCUGGAGAAGGCGGAACACGAGAGGGGCGUGGCUCUGCGUAAGGAGCUGAUUCGUCAGGAGAAGCUGGAGCUGCUGGCUCAGCGCUUUGACCACAAAACCACCAUGAGACAAGCCUGGCUCAAUGAGAACCAGAGACUUGUAUCACAGGACAAUUUUGGCUAUGACCUGCCAGCAGUCGAGGCGGCAAUGAAGAAACACGAGGCCAUUGAGGCGGACAUAGCCUCAUAUGAAGAGCGAAUUGGCGUGGUGGUGGAGCUCGCCGCAGAGAUGGAGGCAGAAGGAUACUACGACAUCCGGCGUAUCUCAGCACGGAAGGAGAACAUCCUGGGCCAGUGGAGUCUGCUGAAGGAGCUGGUGGCUGGGAGGAGGACCCGGCUGGAGAAGAACCUGGCCCUGCAGAAGACUUUUCAGGACAUGGUCUACAUGAUCGACUGGAUGGAGGACACACAGGUCCAGCUGCUGUCGAAGGACUUCGGGAAGCAUCUUCUGGAGGUGGACGACCUGCUGCAGAAACACAGCCUGCAGGAAGCCGACAUUACAGUGCAGGCUGAGAGGGUCGAGACACUCAACACCGCUGCACUCAAAUUCACCACUAUAGAGGGUUACCAACCGUGUGACCCGCAGGUUAUCUGUAACCGUGUCAAUCAUGUCUCGUCCUGUCUGGAGGAGCUGAAACAACUGGCAGCUAAAAGACGCACUGAGCUUGAGGAGUCGAGACAGCUAUGGGCCUUCUUUCAGGAGCUGGAGGAGUCGGAGGCCUGGAUCAGGGAGAAGAGCUCCAUCUUGGGUGCUCAGGGUUUUGGGAAGGACCUGAGCAGUGUGCUGAAGUUACUACAAAAGCACAAGACUCUGGCUGGAGAACUGCUGGCUCACCGGUCGCUGCUGCAGAACACCAUGAAGCGAGGAAAGCAGAUCCUGAGUGAGAAGAGCUUUGGCACGGCGGGGAUCCAGGAGCACAUCAUGGAGGUGAAGAGCGAGUGGAAGAGGUUGGAGGACCAAGCUGCGCAGCGUCUUGGCCACCUACAGGAGGCGCUAAACUUUUUUCAGUUCUCCACGGAGACGGACGACCUGGUGGCCUGGCUGCAGGACGCUUACCGCCUGGUGUCCAGCGAAGACUUCGGGCAUGAUGAGUACUCCACGCAGUCCCUGCUGAAGAAACACAGAGGGGUCAGCGAGGCCAUCGACAAACAUCGUCUGCAUGUAGUGGCACUGCGCAAACACAUGGUGGCGCUGCCUCUGCGUUACCGUGAUCAGGAGGAGGUGCAGGUGCGUAUGGGAGAGGUGGAGCAGCUGUAUACCGAGGUGAUUGAGGUGGCGGUGCUCAGACAGCAGUGGCUUCACGAUGCCCUCGCGGUCUACCGCAUGUUCAGCGAGGUCAACGCCUGUGAGCUGUGGAUUGAUGAGAAGGAGCAGUGGCUGGACAAGAUGGAGAUCCCAGAGAGACUGGAGGACGUGGAGGUGGUGGCACAUAGGUUUGAGAGCCUGGACCAGGAGAUGAACAGCCUGAUGGGAAGGAUCCUGGACGUUAACCAGAUAGUUCAGCAGCUCCUGGAUGGAGGUCAUCCAUCUUCUACAGAGGUCAGAGGUUGUCAAGACCACCUCAACUCCAGGUGGAACAGCAUUGUGGAGCUGGUGGAGCAGAAGAAAGAUCAGCUGGACUCGAUGUUACGACUGCAGAACUACCUGCUGGAGUGUGCUGAGAUCAAGUCCCAGAUCCAGGACAAGAGAAAAGCCAUCGACGCCACUCAGUACAUGGGCAGCGACCUGGGAGGAGUCCUGGCACUGCAGAGACGCCUCUCUACCAUGGAGGGAGCCCUGUCUGUCCUGGAGCCCAAACUGCUGCAUCUACAGGAAGAGGCCGAGCAUCUAGCAACCGUCCACCAAGGUCGAACCAUGGAGGUUCUUGUGCCGUUUGAUGGCAUCAGUCUGGAGUGGGAGGAGCUGAAACGCACCCUGCAGGGCUGUGAGGACUCGCUGAUGGUGGCCAGCAGGCUGCAGAGCUUCAUACAGGACCUGGACUCGUUCCUCACCUGGUUGGUCCAGACGCAGACGGCGGCCGCCUCAGACCAGCUGCCCAAUGACCUGGAGGAGGCAGAGAGACUCAUCAACAAACAUGCUGCCCUAAAGGAGGAGAUCGGACGAUAUGAAGAAGACUACGAGCGCUUGCAGGCCAUGAAUGAGCUGCUGGAGUCCGAGGAGGCUCCGCUCCCUCAGGCAGCCCUGCAGCAGUGGCUCCAGAAGCUCGAUGUCGGCUGGAACAAACUGCUGGAGAUGUGGGAGAGCAGGAGAGAGGUUCUGGUCCAGGCUCACAUUUUCCAUCUGUUCCUGCGAGAUGUCAAACAGGCCGAGUCCUUCCUCAACAACCAGGAGUCGGCCCUCGCUCACGUGGAGCUGCCCACCACGGUGGAAACGGUCGAAGCCGCCAUAAAGAAACACAAGGACUUCACCACCACCAUGGAGCUGAACCUGCACAGGAUCAAAGCUGUCAUUGAGGCUGGAGAGAGUCUGAUCAGCCAGAGUAACAUCUACUCUGAACGCAUCAGGGAACGCAUCGACACCCUCGCCAACAGGGGAAACCAGAACCGAGAGCUGGCCCAGCAGUGGUUGGAAAAACUGAACGACCAGUGGGAACUUCAGAGGUUUCUGCAGGACUGUCAUGAGCUGGGGGACUGGGUGUGUGAGAAGAUGCUGAUGGCGAGGGACAGCAGCCGAGACGAGACCCAGAAGCUUCACAAGAAAUGGCUGAAGCACCAGGCUUUCAUGGCCGAGCUGGCCCAGAAUAAGGAAUGGCUGGACAAAAUUGAAAAGGAGGGCCAGCAGCUGAUCCAGGAGAAGCCGGAGCUCAGCCCCGUGGUCCGGAAGAAGUUGGGGGAAAUCAGGGAGUGCUGGCAGGAUCUGGAGAGCACCACUCAGGCCAAAGCCCGUCAGCUCUUCGAGGCCAACAAGGCAGACCUGCUGGUGCAGAGCUACGAAAGCCUGGACCAGAGACUGGGACAGCUGGAGGGUCAACUGGUCUACGUGGACCAGGGACAGGACCUCACCACUGUCAACAAGCAGCUGAAAAAACUACAGACCAUGGAGACCCAGAUGGAGGAGUGGUAUAGGGAGGUGGGGCAGCUCCAGGUGCAGGUGGCCACCAUCCCGCAGCAGACGCAAAUCAAGGAGACGGUUGCCGGGCGCCAGGCGGCUGUGGAGGCCAGGAUGGUGCGUCUGAUCGAGCCGCUGAAGGAGAGGCGACGCAUCCUGCUGGCGUCUAAAGAAGUUCACCAAGUCGGACGAGAUCUGGAGGAUGAGAUUUUGUGGAUCCAGGAGCGCCUCCCGAUGGCUAUGUCUCAGGAGCACGGCUCCACUCUCCAGGCAGUCCAGCAGCUCAUGAAGAAGAACCAGACACUUCAGAGGGAGCUGCAGGGCCACAGGGGCAGGAUCGAGGAUGUCCUGGAGAGAGCAGGGAUCAUCGCUUCCAUACGCAGCCCUGAGGCCGACUGCGCAAGGGCGGGCCACGACCAGCUGGCCCAGCUGUGGGCUCUGCUCUGGGCCGAGACCGAGAGGAGGCAGCUGAUCCUGGACGCCAUGUACCAGGCCCAGCAGUACUACUUUGACACGGCCGAGGUGGAGGCCUGGCUGAGCGAGCAGGAGCUGCACAUGAUGAACGAGGAAAAGGGGAAGGACGAGCCGAGCACACUGCAGCUGCUGAAGAAACACUUGGUCCUGGAACAGACCAUUGAGGACUAUGCUGAGACCAUUGGCCUGCUGUCACAGCAAUGCCGACAGCUGCUGGAGAUGGGGCAUCCAGACUGCGAGCAGAUCAGCAAGCGUCAGUCGCAGAUCGACCGUCUGUACGUGUCUCUGAAGGACCUGGUGGAGGAGAGGAAGAGCCGCCUGGAGCAGCAGUACUGGCUCUACCAGCUCAACAGGGAAGUGGACGAGCUGGAGCAGUGGAUCGCUCAGAGGGAGGUGGUCGCCAGCUCGCCCGAACUGGGUCAAGACUUUGAGCAUGUCACUGUCCUGCAGGAGAAGUUCACAGAGUUUGCGUCAGAGACGGGAAGUGUGGGGCAGGAACGAGUGACGGCCGUUAACCAAAUGGUGGACGAGCUCAUCGACUACGGCCACUCGGAGGCCGCCACCAUCGCUGAAUGGAAGGACGGGGUGAACGAGGCUUGGGCCGACCUGCUGGAGCUCAUGGAGACCCGGGCGCAGAUGCUCGCUGCUUCACACCAGCUUCACAAGUUCUUCUCUGACUGCAGAGAGGUUUUGGCCCAGAUUGAGGACAAACAUCGAAGGCUGCCGGAGGUUCGGGCUCGGCAGGGCAGCACUGCCAACACCAGCACCCUGCAGAGACUCCUGCACAGCUUUGAACAGGACAUACAGCUGCUCGUCACGCAAGUGCGUCAGCUGCAGGAGAGCGCGGCCCAGCUGAGGACGGUGUACGCUGGCGAGAAGGCCGAGGCCAUAGCAUGCCGUGAGCACGAAGUGAUGCAGUACUGGAAAGAGCUGCUGACGUCCUGCGAGGAGUGUCGAGUACAGAUUACCACUGAGACAGACAAGCUGACGUUCUUCAGCAUGGUCCGAGAUCAGAUCAUGUGGAUGGAAUCUAUCAUUUGUCAGAUAGGGACAGGAGAGAAGCCCAGGGACGUGUCCUCAGUUGAGGUGCUGAUGAAUUAUCACCAGAGUCUGAAGAGCGAAGUGGAUGCUCGCAGCCGGAGCACCCUGGAGUGUAUCGAGAUGGGCAAAACCCUGCUGGCAGCUAGAAACCCAGCUUCUGAAGAGAUCAAGGACAAGCUCGAAAAAGUGGUUGCUAAGCAACAUGAGCUGUCUGAGAAGUGGGACAAGCACUGGGAAGUCCUACAGCAAUUGUUGGAGGUUCACCAGUUUGCCCAGGAGGCGGUCGUGGCGGAGGCGUGGCUGACCGCUCAGGAGCCUUUCAUAAACAGCAAGGAGCUGGGCGCGAGCGUCGACGAGGUGGAGCAGCUGAUUCGUCGCCAUGAAGCCUUCCGCAAAGCCGCCGCCACCUGGGAAGAGCGAUUCAGCUCACUGCGACGACUCACCACGGUCGAAAAGUUGAAAGCAGAGCAAAGCAAACUCCCCCCGACUCCUCUGCUGGGUCGUAAAGUCUUCCUGGACCCCCAAGAUGCCUCACCCAGUCCAUCCACCCUCCCCCGCCUCCCAAUCUCCCCCGUCACAAGACAGACCAUCUAUGAACAGAACGAAGCCAGUUCUCCUCCAUCGCCCUCACCUGCCACACCAACACCCUCUCCUUCGUCUGUGGCUCGUCGGCUGGGGUCGACAGUCGCUAACUACACCCCUGUGAUGAACGGCUCCAGCUACCGCCAUACCCUGGAGGCGCGGCAUGGCAGCGUAGUGGGUGUGGCUGCUGGACUGGGCCAGCCCUCGCCUUCCUCGAUUGCCUCAGUUGCCACGGCGGCCAUGCUAGUCUCGGCCAACCAGGUGCGAGAGAGUGCCAGUGCAACAAAAGACCAAGCAGCAAAGGUAAUGAGUCACCUCCAGCCUCCAGUACAGGCGACGAGGACACUGGAGGUAAAAUCAUCCCCGUAUCUACGGCAACCCAAAAUCAAACACUUGGAUGAUGCAGUGACGCCGCUGCUUGUGGCCAGCCGGCUGGAGAGAGCGAGGGAGAGGGAGAGGGGGAGGGAGAGAGAGAUUAUGAUGGGAGAGAUAGGGACGGAGAAAGCGGAGGUGGCCGUGAUGGCUGAGGUGGUGCUCCAGGAGCCGAGCCGGGAGCGUCUGCACAGCGAGCCCACCAGAGGGCCACGGGGGUCCAGGACUGACCCAUUAGGCCACGCUGAGCCCCAGGUCCAGACCCACACCUACCACAGGGACCACAGGAUAGAAAGGCAGCUGUCUAGCGAGCAGCUGAUCCAGGCGCGCAGGGACGAGCUGCCUCAGGAGGUGUGGAGGGAACAUGCAGAGAGGCGGGAGAGACGGACACUGGAGAGGCAAACGUCCAGCGAGCAGGAGGGCCACGGGGGCCACGAGGGCCGGCGGAGAGAGAGGGAUCGUCACCGGGUGGAGAGACAGGAAUCCAGUGAACACGACACCGCGAAGGAGCACUCAGACAGACGCUCAGGAGGAGGAGAAAAGAGAUCCACCCUGGCAGAAAUUGUAGAGCAGCUGCAAGAAAGAGAAGCAGCGCAGGCCCGUGGUGAGGUGCCCCGUCUGCCUAACGGGUUACCAGAGAAGUCUUCCCGUCCCGAACGGCCUCGAGCUCGGGACAGACCAAAACCACGGCGCCGACCACGACCCAAAGAGGCAGGAGAGGCGACAACGCGGCGGUCCAGGUCCGCUCCGGCCCAGAGCAGCCCGGCAGUGCCCCAGCCGCCAACACACACCGCACACCACGAGGGCUUCCUUUUCCGCAAACUGGACAUCGAGACCCUGAAGAAGAGCACCAAUAGCAGGUCAUGGGUCAACCUGUACUGCGUGCUGAACAAAGGGGAGAUGGGUUUCUACAAGGACGCCAAGAACACCACCACGCCCUACAACAACGAGCCGCUGCUCAACCUCUCCCACUGCCACUGCGACGUCACCAACGGCUACAAGAAGAAGAAGAACGUCUUCACGCUCAAAACGAAGGACGGUAGCGAGUUUUUGUUUCAUGCAAAAGAUGAGGAUGACCUCAAAGCGUGGGUGACCAACAUCACCGCCAGUAUAUCGGAGCACGAGGAGAUUGCCAAAUGGGGUCAGCCCCAACCAACUACCUCAUCCACCGACGAGGGCACGCGCGGCAGCAAGGCGGACAACAGGUCAGAGCGAGGUGGCGAGCGCUCAGACCGGGCCGAGCGGAUUGAAAGGGCAGAAAAAGAGCGGGAGAAAGAGAGAGAGAAGGAGAAGGAAAAAGAGCGGGAGCGAGGCGAAAGGUCGGAGAGGUCAGAUCGUGGCGGGAAGUCGGACGCGAAGCGCUCAGAAAAAUCUGGUAAGAAAAAGUGAGCCUGGUGACUGGAUUGGUCGGGAUUGAAGCAUAUGAACUCCGGAGGAGGCGGGGCCGUAGACUGGUAGUGAACGCCCCCCUCCUUCUCUCCGCCUCCAACACUGUCAACAAAACGGUUGUGUUUGGAUGGAAGGUGACACACAGGACAGAGGGAUUGACCCAGGCUCACUCAUAGGACGGACAGGACGGAUUUGGAGCAGGAGACAUCUUUCUCUUUCUCUCUCUCUUCUUCUGUGUCUCUGUGAGAACGCACAGAGUCAAAUGACGCUCCGCCUACGCCCCCCCCCUCGGUGGCUGUUUCAGAGAACUGCAGAGAGAGUUUUCGUAGCUGCUGAACCCCGGGCAGCGUUAACGCGAGAGAGAGACGGGACACGCAUCAUGUUAACUCAAAGGCUGUUACUGAUUGCUGGUAGUGCGAUAAAACGUAGCUCAUUCUGUUCCAUGUUUGUUUUUUCUAUGAGAUGAGCUGUACCUGUAUGUAUUUCCUCGUCUGUCUGUCCUAUCUACUGUAUCUAUCUGUCUGUCUGUAAGUCGAAGACAUCCUACACUAUGUCUUAUUACUCCUCGGAAAUCGAAAGAGAAUUGAAUUAUGCCAAAAUGUUUUACAGACAUUCAAACUUAGAGGAACUGUUUUCUCCACUUUGUCUGAUCUGUCUUGAGGUCUGGCCAUGAAAAAAUGUGGAACUGAAAACUGGUUUUACUUUGGUACCAAACGGCACCGAAACCACGUUCAUCCAAACUCACCACGGAUGAAUCAACACUGAUGAACAGCUACAGUACGGCGCUGGUUCUAGGAAGUUAGAAACACGAUGAUUUAAGACAACAGAAGAGUAGAUGGCCGACCAAGGUGACGAACUUCAAAAUAAUCAGGUGCAUAAAAAAUGUUUAAUCAUUGCUCAGAAAUUAAUAUAAUACAUCCAAAGGCUUGAAAUCUUGACCUUAAGACCACAACAAAUUGAAAUGUUCUUACAUUUAGUGUUGAAAUCUGCCCACAAAGAGCAAACAGAGCUGUUUUCCUUUGUUUAUAUUGGGUUUAUUUAGUAUUAAAUAUGUUUCUCAUUAAGAUUUCUGCAAGACAGAUGGGUCAUAAGGUGUUUAACCUGUGACAUAAAAACUACAGGAUGGUAUGGUCACCGCAGCCAAUUGGGCUCUCUAGUCUUUAAUUUAUAAAAAGAAAACAACAACAUAUGUACAGUUCUUGGCUCAGUGAUCAGAAAGAGAUACAAAUUUGUAUUAAUCUGAUGGGGCUUCAUUCAUUGAAAUGUUUGAUUUAAAUUUAAUUAAAGUUCAAAAUCGAUAAAACAGCAACAAAAAUUCUAGCAUUCAUAUUUUGGGUAACUUUAGAGUUACGUUUUAAUAUUUCAAAGAAAUUGGUGACAUUUAUUGUAACCUGCUAAUCAGUUUUCCAUAAAUUACAUGUUUGGCUUUUGGUCAUAAGCACAAAAUCUGCGGCUGGCAUGUUUUUAAUGAAUGAGGCCCUCAGGCUGAAAAACAGGCCUCAUCUACUCUUUUAUUCUCUUACAACAUCAAACUCCUCGUUGGAUAUUCUCUUUGACUUAUCACACAAAUCUAUUGCAUCCUUUUUUUAUACAGAAUUCAAAAUAUCUUGUUUUUUGUGUGUGCGUGUGCGUAUGCGUGCGUGCGUCUGUAUGUGUGUGUGUGUGUGUGUGUGUGUGUGUGUGUGUGUGUGUGUGUGUGUGGGCUGCUGCUCUCCGCUCCCAGGGUCUCCAUAGCUCUCAGGUUAUUUAUGUUAGUGUGUGCUUACCGUGUGCUUCACGUGUUAAUAUGUUUGUCCCCUCAGAUGCCACCUCAGUCUUCCAGACACGUCCGAUCCACAGACCUACACACACGCACACACAAACACACACACACACACACACACACACACACAUACACAGAGAGAGAGAAAUAUAAGUCAGCAGGUUUGACAUGUCAAAGGUUAUCAAUAUGUUCCAGAGUGUAAAAGGUCAUCAAACUGUCCACAUCAACAUCCCAUCAGUGUAGAAUCAGACGGGAAUGAAUGAAUGAAUAAGUGAAUGAAUAAGUGAAUGAACGGACACACCGUCGAGAGCCAGAAUAUCAGACUGACCAAAUAUUUAGAAAAAAAGGAGGUUAAGUUGUGAGAUUGCAUGUUUUUGCUUGGAGAGAAAUCACUCGUCACAAGAAGCUCGUUUUUUGCAGCCCGCUGACUUGGCAUCCACACAUCAGUUUCUGUUCAGUUUCCUGUAAACUCACCACAAAGCCAUAAACGACAGGGCCGCAAGGACAAAAAAAAAAAAAGGAGGGUGAGAAGUCUUAAUAAACCUUUAAAUGCAGCUGGGGUAUUAUGGGAAGCACCAGCCAAAAGAGGCUGACGGGGCAAACUGAAGUUACCUUCCUGCCCCAGGUAGGAGCAUCCUGGUCAGGUUUGGGUCAGAUAGCAUUUAAAAUCCUUUUUUUUUUUAAAUCCUUUCGAAUAGGAAUGCUGUUUCAAUAUCACUGCUACUGUAUGAAAACCUUGUUCAUUUCAGUUCUGGUGUUUUUGGUUCUUUCAGUAAGUUAAAGUCCAGCUGAAAUUUCUGCUACAGCAUAAACAUCUUCCCUGUUAAUGUCCUGUGUGAGAACAUCAGGCACCAAACGGGGAGAAACGUAUAUUUUAUUUGUUUUAUUUCAUGAUGGCGGCUCCUUUAUGUCUGCAUCAGUUCACUGGAAUACUGUUUUCUGUCUACAUCUACAAUCAAAGGGCUGCAACCACAUCUGGUUAAAGCAGUAACAUCAGUGCUCUGUUACAGGGAAGCGAUUGUACGCUGCUUAUCAACGGAGGCGGGGAAGUUAAAGUCACUUCUCUUAUAAGACCAAAAAGUAUAGUUUGAAAACACUUCUGAUAAGUGUAAAUCUCAUAUUUCUAGUGCGGUGUCUUCUUCACUACAUUGGGCUCAUUAUUGCCCCCUGAGGUCGUUGUGGCUGUUUUUCCCCAACAGCCACAAACACUCAAAAACAAAGCGGUGCAAAGCUGAGAUUGAUUCUUUAUCAGAGGUGAUUUCAAACUGUGUUUUUCGGUUUUACAACAGAAAAUACUCAAAGGAUGAUGAGAAUGAGCUCUGUUACAGCACACAGCCUCUUCCCUGAGCUUUUCUACGGGCCGUCUGGAGCUCCGAUGCAGACGAUGAGACGGGUUGUCUCUCGUUCUGCUGUCAGUAGUGGAGCUGAGCCUGCCAGCUGCUGUCAAUCAAACACAGACUCCAUAACCUCCGGCCGCUUAGAUGAAAAUAGAUUUUUUUUUCUUUCUUUCUUUUAAUAUUAAAAAACAUUUGACAAUAAAUAUUUUUUUAAAACACUGACAUUAUUUUUGACUAAAGGAAGGGAUGACUAAAUGUGAUUUCAGUUGGACUUUAAAAGUAAAAGUUUACAUCUUCCUCUAUGAGCAGGUAAUUUCCACGGCUGUAGAUCCCAACAAUCCCAUUCAGAAUUUGUUUUAUAUUUUCAGAAGUCUAUAUACGCCAGGUUAAUCAUUUUAUCUGUUUCUUAAGAAGUGUAAUAUUGAAGUUAUGACAGUAUUCUUAUAUCUGGCUGAUCCUGGUUUUCUAGGUUGUACCUUAUUCAGGAUUUUAAAUUCUGUCCUGACCUGUUGGUCUGGUUUGUGUUUAUCAUAAAACAUGUCUUGAGAACUGUAACUUUCUUUAAUCUUGUUUUAUUUCAACACACUUUAUGCAUCUAAACUAGGUGUGAAUGCCAGAUCAAUGCAAUCAUUUACAUGCAUGUUGGACACAACAAACAAAGACAGAGUUAAAAGAGGUGAAUUUUUGAAUGAGCAAACCUUCCACAUGUAAAGUGACACAGUACAGUAUGCCGCUGUCGGAUUAUGAAUCUAACAGCUAAUAAACUGACACACUUUGUUACUGUAGACACACACAGGACAAAACAUGCAGGGUACAGCUAACUCGCUCACAGAUUUGAGCCAUUUUACACCGUAGUUCACACAGCAGAAACAUCCAGAUACGUGAAAGUCAGCAUGGUUAACACCAUGACGGACUCGAGUACAAAACAAAUGUUCAGAUUUGGUUUAAAGAAUCUCAACAUUAAUGGUUUCAGAUGAGCUCGUGGGUACCCUGCCUGUCCGUGUGUGUGUGUGUCUGCGCUGUUCUGUUCACAUCAACCUCAGUCUGUCAGCCGAGAUGAAAUGACGAAUAAAAUACCUUUUGGUUUAUCAUUCAUGUA